AUGGAAUUCCCCCAACUUGAGCAACAGCAGCAGAAACCUCCUCGCUGGUUCAGCUCGGACCGAGAGGAUGUGACGCAACAGAAGCGGCAGAGAUCCGGAUCCACAUCCAGAUCGCGAUCAAGAUCGAAAUCAAGAGCAAGCGCCCAGCAACAACCAAAUAACAGCAGCAUACCGGCGGAGGCCCCUGGCAAACCAAACUUGAAGAAAACAUCAAGUAGCAGCGGCGAGAAAAGCUCCACCCAUGCUGGGAAAGGAGAGGAAGAAGUAGCAGCAGCUGACCUGACCACUGAGGACCAACGUGCCAACCAACUAAACAAGGGUCUCAGUCCAGCUGGUUGCUCAAUCUGGACUUUCGCCGCUGUUCCACCAAAUCCAUCUCCUGUGGCCCACUUGCCGGUGAGCGGCAACAGUGAGGAGCACAGCGAGCUCUACGGUAUCGAGGGCAGACGUGGCAUCGAGGUCCGGAGCGCCGACACCAUGGCGAAGAAACGGGCGGAGGAGAACCACGGUCCGCCAGAGGCCAGGCGAGCGAAGCGCCAGGCUCCUUCUGACGCCCGUGCCACUAGUGCUUCCAACGGGGCUCUGGCUGCCAAGCGGCCACGCGGUCGACCGCCCAACUGCGUGUCGGCGGAGCCGCUAGCACCGAAGCCCAUCGCUACUACAGCAGCUCGAAAGUCGCGGAAGGCAGCGGAAGCAACGCAGCCCGAGAGCGAAAACCCUUCCGCCAGCCAGGCAGUCGCAACUAGAGCCCCGAGAGCGAGCCGUAGAAAGCGCCCGAGAAUCUCCUUCCCAAGCAGCACCAACGACAUGGCCAACGAGGCUUUAAAGUGUCGCAGUGCCAAGAGGAACGUGAGCGUCGGCCGAUCAAGGCACUCGUCCCGCCGUCGUCAUAGCGGAUGCGCGCGUAAAGCCCGAAGCCGUUGA